AUUCUUGUACGGCUCCCGCUCCAGUUGGGUAGUGUUUAUUCAUUGUAGCCAUUCGCUUCCUGCCCAUCACCGCCACCCAUCGGGGUCGGUUCACCCCCGCACGAUCCCAUUAGUGUGUAUCCCGUGUCGUACGUUUUGACGGGGCGCGCGUGCGUGUGUGCUUAAAUAGUGUGAAGCAAUCGGUGCAUGCCACCCGAGCGAUAAUAAUUGUGAUGAUAGUGAAUUACGGUCCUUUUUUUCUCAGCUCCAGAGUCGUUAGAAAAAUGUGCCCUUGAACCGAUCAAACUGCCCAGAAGGGAGUUGCCAUCCGUUGGGUUAUUGACGACAACGACGACGGCUGCACAGAGUUGUUAUCGCGGCUGCAUACUUACCAUAUCGCAACUCCGCGAGUUGUCAAUAUUUAGCUUUUAGUGUUUGCGACGUGACAUCGCCCGCUGACGUCAUUGUGAUGUAUUUUAUUGUUUGAUUUUGCGUUUUUAGGUUUCAUUGCCAAGAAGUGAUUUUUGUGCUGUCUUCGAUGGCGCUUUACAAAUGAUUUUGUGAUUUAUUGAAGAAACGAUCGCUGUAGUGUGUUGAAAAUUUUGUAAUUGAUUGUGCCAGUGAGUGUGAAUUUCGAAAUUAAAAAUAAGCGUGAAGUAAAUCCGAAAGGUAUCGGAUCGAGUCAAAUCAAAUCACCUACUCCUACGUGCGCACACAUAUACCUACAAGUGUCGGAUUUACCCACGUAAACAUCAACCGAAGGAGGAGGGAACUUUGCGAGCCGAGCUGAGAUCCUACCACGCACCAACCGGCGCGGCAGCGGAGGCCCCAAGAAAUUCCACGAAACUAGAAAGUACCACCACUUGUAAAAAGUUAAAGCAAUUCGUAACCAUCCCCAGCGGUAGUAGCAUCGACGAUAGUACAUAACAUCAUAGAAUAGACACUAGCGAAACACGACAACGGAAAACAAAAAUAUCGACUCGGGUACAGCAACAGCACCAAUCAUCAGCGCAGGUGGCAGACAAUUUUCAUUACAUCGAAGUGUCACUCACGAACCGCCGCUCUCUGCCGUUGCUCCCGUCGCCACUACCAACUGCCAACGAUGUCGACGCUGUCGCUUCGCAUCAGUCUCGAGGGUGGACGGGUCACGAAGACUAUCCAGUUCGAUCCGAACACGACCGUCUUCGAUGCGUGCCGGAUUAUAAAGGACAAAUUCGCCGAAGCGGUGCAGGGACAGGCCCAGGAGUUCGGGCUUUUCCUGGCAGAUGAAGACACCCGGCAGGGUGUGUGGCUUGAACCGGCCCGCAAUCUCGGUUACUAUCUGCUGAGAAAUCACGAUGUGCUGGAGUACAGACGAAAGCACCGAAAUCUGCGCGUUCGGAUGCUGGACGGAGCGAUUAAAACGAUCCUGGUUGACGACUCACAACCGGUGUCCCAGCUGAUGGUUGUCAUCUGUACGAAGAUUGGUAUCACAAACCACGAAGAAUACGGCUUGGUUCGAGAGGAUCCGGAUGCUCAGAAUGAAAAUCUACCGGAUAACAAAUCCAACACCGGAACGCUGACGUUACGCCGAAAGGUGGCCGAAAAGGAGCGUGACUCCAAGAUGGAAAGUUUGCGGAAGAAGCUGCGCACAGACGACGAAAUCAAUUGGGUCGAUGUGGGUAAAACGCUCCGCGAGCAGGGCAUCGACGAAGCAGAAACGGUUCUGUUGAGGAGAAAAUUCUUCUACUCCGAUCAGAAUAUUGAUUCGAGGGAUCCGGUGCAGUUGAAUUUGCUGUAUGUUCAGGCCAGGGAUGCCAUUCUGGAUGGAACGCAUCCCGUAACGCAGGAUAAAGCCUGCGAGUUUGCCGGCAUUCAGGUGCAAAUUCAGUUCGGCGAUCACAACGAAUCGAAGCACAAACCAGGAUUUUUGGAUCUUCGAGAGUUUCUGCCCAGCUCGUACGCUCGGGGGAAAAAUAUCGAGAAAAAAAUCUUCGCCGAACAUCGACAUCACGUCGGUUUAUCGGAUCUGGACGCCAAGUACUUGUACACGAAAACGGCCCGUGAACUGCCCACCUACGGUGUGACGUUCUUCCUUGUCAAGGAAAAGAUGACCGGCAAGAACAAGCUGGUUCCGCGGUUGCUGGGCGUCACCAAGAGUUCCGUACUUCGGUUGGACGAGCACUCGAAAGAAAUCCUGAAGACGUGGCCACUGACAACGGUGCGCCGCUGGGGUGCUUCUCCGAAUACGUUCACACUGGACUUCGGUGACUAUGCCGAUCAGUACUACUCGGUGCAGACGACGGAAGCGGAACAGAUCGUACAGCUGAUUGCCGGCUAUAUCGAUAUUAUUCUGAAGAAGAAACAGGCCAAGGAACACUUUGGUAUAGAAGGUGACGAGGGAUCCACCAUGGUGGAGGAGAGCGUGGCACCGUCAAAGGCCACCUUUCUGCAGCAUGAAGAAACGACUCCUUCCGGCAAGGUGGAAACACAAUCGAUUGCGAAACCAGCAAUCAUGCGCGGAUACGACGGCGAGCGUCCCUACGGCACCGGGGAGAUGCAGUCCAUGCAGUACGGUGCAAUCGUGGGACAGGUCAACCUGGCCCAUCAACCGCCCAUGUUGCAGCAAACUCGCAUCAGCACGGUUUUGUCGGAGCCACAGCGGGCCCUUAUCGGGUACAUUUCCGCCGGUCAGGAUGCGAUCAACAAAGCGGAGAAGGAUCUGGAGAGCAAAGCGCAGCUGCCACCACUGGGAACGGAUCCGGGUUCACUGCAGUGGCGCGAGGAAACACUGGACACGUCGAAGCAAACGGUAACCACCCAUCUGGCCACGAUGAACGCCGCUACGGCUCAGGUUGUGACCGCUUCCCAGCCGGAUGAGAUUGAUCACGAUGCCGUGGGAGCUGCCGUGUCACAGAUCACCCAAAGUAUUCCGGAGGUGACCAAGGAGGUGCGUUUGAUUGCUGCGCUCAUGGAUGAUGAUUGUACCGGGGAUAAGUUGCUGGAAGCAACCCGGAAACUCUGCGCGGCUUUCAGUGAUCUGCUGAAAUCGGCCGAACCGGAAAGCAAGGAACCACGGCAAAAUCUGUUGAACGCAGCUAGUCGAGUGGGCGAAGCCAGCGGACAGGUGCUCAGUACCAUCGGCGAGGAAAGCAUUGAGAGUCGUGAGCUGCACGAUAUGCUGCUGGGAUUGGCUAAGGCCGUAGCGAACACAACUGCGGCACUGGUGCUGAAGGCCAAGUCUAUUGCGGCCGUUACGGAGGAUGAAGCAACUCGAAAUAGAGUGAUUUCCGCUGCCAGUCAGUGCGCACUGGCCACAAGUCAAUUGGUGGCUUGCGCUCGGGUCGUGGCACCCACCAUCCAGAGUCCAGCUUGUCGUGAGCAACUGGAAGCAGCUGCACGGGAGGUCGCCAAGGCGGUAGCCCACUUGGUAGAGGUAUGCAAUGAAGCAACCGACAAUCAGCAACUUCGUGGUGAUUUGAUGGCGGCUGCCAAAGAUGUUUCCAAGACCCUGGCCGAACUGCUGGAACACAUCAAGUUGAGCUCCCGCGAAAAGGCUCGUCGAGUAGACGAAAACCCCGUCGAAGAAGUUCUGGUCGCAACGGACAUCUUGGUCUCGUCCACCGACCCGCAGGAAAUGAUCCGCCAAGCUCAACAGUUGGGAAAAGCAACUGCCCAACUGAUUCAAAGUAUCAAGGGAGAAGCUGAACGACAGGACGAUUCCAACAUGCAGCGCAAGCUGCUGGAAGCAGCAAAGCAACUGGCGGACGCAACAGCUCGAAUGGUCGAAGCUGCUCGACUCUGCGCAGGAAACCCUCACGACUCCGGUCACCAGGAAUCACUGCGAGUGGCAGCCGAAGAGCUCCGGGUAAUCACAACAACCACGGCCAAUACCCCGGCGAUCAAGCGUAGGUUGAUUAACCGUUUGGAGCAAUGCUCGAAGCAAGCAGCGUCCGCGGCCACACAAUGCAUUACGGCCGCUCAAAACGCCUUGAUUCACAGCAACGACGUUCAAACAAAGGAAAUCCUGUUGCAGGACUGUCAGUCCGUUGCGGAUCAAAUUCCACGCUUGGUGGCUGGCGUAAAGAACACCCUUUCGCGACCAGAUGACCCGAACGCUCAACUUGGUUUGAUCGAUGCUGCCGAAAUGUUCUUGGAACCCGGAGCACAGGUGGCCCAAUCGGCUAGGGAUCUUCAACCGACCGUCAUGGAUCAGGCGGCUUCACAGCAGCUUUCUCGCUGCGCACUGAACUUGAGCCACGCAAUCCACGACCUUCGUUCGGCUGCUCAUCGCGCUCGGGAAGCUUGCGGAGGAAACGAGUUGGAUGCUGCACUAGAAGCCGUGCGCAACUUUAGGAACGUUUUGAACGAUACCCGUCGAGCUGGUCAGGAAGGUAACCUACGUCCGUUGCCGGGUGAGACUGCGGACAGCUGCUUCAAGCAGUUGGCAGCCGCUAGCAACAGUGUCGAUUCCACACUGUACCAGCUGAUGUCGGCUGUUCAACAAGGUAAUCGAACGUACGCUGGGGUGGCUGGAAGAGACACCGCAUUGGCAUUGGGCGAGUACACGAAGAGUGUUCGAGGAGUUGUGGCGACCACAAAAAAUCCCGUGGUAGUUGAUUGUGCUGAUGAGGUGAUUUUGGAUUCGAUUCGGGUGAUUGAAGAGGCGCAGAAAACUUUGCUGAAUCUAGGUAAUCAGGAUCAGCUGGUGCAGGCGAUCAAGCGUACGAAGAGCUCGUUGGGAAGAACUAUCGAUUGUUUCCCCGGUGUGAAGGAUAUUAAUGAUGCUUACGAGAAUAUGGCGGAUUUGCGUGCAAUUCUGGACACGGGAGAGUAUCCUCCGUCGAGCCGUGCCUUCGGGCAGUUGCAGACGGAGCUGAAGAGUGCAGCGGAGAAGUUGAACUCGGCUGGUGGACAGGUGGCGCAUUCUUAUGACAGUUCGAUCAAACUGGCUAACACCAGCCAGCAGUUCUAUCACUCCUACAAGGAGUUGAUGACCGUUACACUGGAAAUGGCCGGACAGACGCCUGAAGAUCGUGCUCGUGAGGAAAUUGUUAAUUCGCUGCGAGGAGUGUCCAACCAAUCGAUUAGUUUGCUGGGAACGGCUAAGUUUGUUGCGGGAGAUCCGGACAGACCAAAUGCGAAGAAUGAGUUGUCUUCAGCAGCACGAAUGGUUACGGAAAGCAUUAAUCGUUUGGUGGAUGUGUGUACUCAAGCCGCUCCGGGCCAGAAGGAAUGUGACAGCGCCAUUCGAAGUAUCGAAUCGUUGAGACCAUUGCUAGAGUCGGCUCAGGAACCGUUGACUGAUCAGGGUUACUUUGAUUGUUUGGAUACGGUCAUGGAAAAAUCCCGAACCCUUGGAGACGGUAUGACUGGAAUUGCCAACAAUGCCAAGUUGUCAAAGCACGCGGAGUUUGGACAUUCGGUCGACUCGGUUUCGGAUUCGAUUCGUGGUUUGAUAGAAUCUGCCGGACAGGCUGCCUAUUUGGUUGGUAUUUCCAACCCAACAAGCGUCGGUGGUCGACCCGGAUUGGUGGAUCAGACUCAGUUCGCUCGCGCGUCUCAGGCGAUUCGUCAGAGCUGUGAAGUUCUUCGCGGGCCUGCCUCAUCUCAGCAGCAAGUCCUGUCGGCAGCCACAAUCAUCGCCAAGCACACGUCGGCUUUGUGCAAUGCUUGCCGUAACGCAAGUUCUACCACAACCAAUCCCGUUGCGAAACGCCACUUCGUUCAGGCCGCCAAGGAGGUUGCCAAUUCUACCGCCGAUUUGGUUCGUGAAAUUAAGGCUUUGGAUAAAGAUUACAGUCCGGUUUCCAGAGCACGUUGCUCUUCCGCAACGGAACCCCUCUUGGAAGCAGUUUCGUCUUUGUGUCAGUUUGCGAACUCCGCUGAGUUCAUCUCUAUUCCGGCAAGGAUUUCUGCUGAAGGCAGAAAAGCACAGGAACCGAUUCUACAGGCCGGUCGCGGAAUUUUGGAUGGUGCUGUUGAUAUGGUGAAAACGGCAAAGGUGCUAGCCAUGACUCCAACGGACCCUCCGGUUUGGCAACAGUUGGCCAUUCAUAGCCGAAAUGUUUCGGAAAGUAUUAAGAAGUUGGCUUCCAGUAUUCGUGAAAAGGCACCUGGUCAGUUGCAAUGUGAGCAGGUUCUUGAAGUACUAAAAGCCUGUUCUCGGGAUUUGAACUCUGCGGCCCUCGCCGUCGGCGUUGAUGGUCUCCCUCAGCGAAAGGAGAAUAAUCUACAGGGAUUCACCAAUCAAUCACUGAAUGCUGCGUCGGAGUUGAUCGAUCGUCUGGAACCGGUUAAGUCAUCGGCUAAGAAGAAUGCUGAAAGUUUGGGCCAUGCUGUCAACCAGAUUGCCAAACAUAUUGUGCCUCUGACUAACGGAGUUAUUGGAGCCUGUUCCCAUGUAGUACACUCCGGUCAGCAGACGGUGCUGAUCGAUCAGGUCAAAUCAAUUGUCGAAUGUUGCUCACAGCUGGUGCAAGUUGCUAAGAACGCAGGAGGAAAUCCUCGUGCCUCCCAUCUGCACCCGGAACUGGACGAAGCCGUUGAAUCGACCCGUGAAGCCAUUCAGGAACUUAACGCAACGGUUGAGCGUUUGUCUACCGAGAACGGUGUUGUGACUGGACUUAUGGAACAAAUUUCCCGCUCAAUGUCACGUAUUACCGAUAAGCGUCAGUCCUUCUUGGGGGCUUCCAUUAACGACACAUACGUCGAUUAUCAGACCCGCAUGGUUCAGUCCGCUAAGGAGAUUGCUCGCUUUGCAAACGAAAUCAACGCUAAAGCAGCCGUCGAUCCUUCCAAGCUGGCUCAGUUGUCCGUCGAGAUGACUCAUCACUACACACAACUGGCUCAAGACUCGAUUGGUGCGUCUGCUUUGACCACUUCUCCGGACGUCGCCAUCCGUAUUCGUAACACCGUUCAGGACUUGGGUCGCUCGGUCAACGUGCUCAUCCAGUCGACAGCCGGAAUCCGUAAAGAUGACAGCUCCGGAUUGGUCGAGAUUUCGCGUGGCGCACGGGACGUUUCGGAAAAGGUUUCCCAAGUGUUGGCUGCCCUGCAGGCUGGUUCUCGCGGAACACAGGCUUGCAUCAAUGCUUCCAGCACGGUUUCGGCCAUCAUCAGCGAUUUGGAUACGACCAUUAUGUUCGCCACAGCCGGGACACUGCAUUCGGAGGAUAGCGAGAAGUUCUCCGACCAUCGGGAGCACAUUUUGAAAACGGCCAAAGCACUGGUUGAGGAUACCAAGAUUCUGGUGGCCGGAGCUGCCGGAACUCAGGACCAGCUGGCUGCUGCUGCGCAGAAUGCUGUUACUACUAUUUUACAACUGGCGGAAGCAGUAAAGCAUGGCGCCGCUUCGCUCGGCUCGAACCAGCCCGACUCGCAAGUGAUGGUGAUGAACGCGGUGAAAGAUGUCGCUGCAGCACUCGGUGAGCUAAUAAACGCUACUAAGCUUGCAUCCGGUAAACCCAUUAACGACCCGGCUAUGAAUGAUUUGAAAGAUAGCGCUAAGGUCAUGGUGAUGAACGUCACCUCGUUGCUGAAAACUGUUAAAGCCGUCGAAGACGAACACACGCGGGGCACCCGCGCAAUGGAAGCUACCGUCGAUGCCAUUUCGCAGGAGAUCCGCUCGAUGCAGUACGCGCCGGACAUGCACCGGGCCAGCAUGCAGCAGCUGUCCCGGUCGGAAGAUUUGAUCAUGGUGACGAAGCACGUCACGGCUGCGACGGCCAAGGCCGUAUCGGCCGGUGCUUCCAACCUGCAGGCCGACAUAGCCGCUGCCGCCAAUCUGGGCCGGAAAACCAUCUCCGACAUGCUGACGGUGUGCAAAUCGGUCGCUUGGUCCUGUGCCGAAACGCAGGAGCUUCGCCAGCGAACGCUGGAUGCUGGCUCCGCGGUGGCCAUCGCCUACCGGGAUCUGCUGGAGGGAGUCCUGAACCACUGCAGCGCAGACGAACGAAUGCAGCUCUCACGACGCGUGGCAAAGUGCGUUACGGAUCUGGUUGGCAUGGCACAGCUGCUGAAGGGUUCGGAUUGGGUGGAUCCUGACGACCCGACCGUGAUUGCCGAGAAUGAGCUGCUCGGUGCGGCUGCCUCGAUCGAAGCUGCCGCCAAAAAGUUGGCUAGCUUGCGACCACGCCGGCAGACGGAAGUUAAGGAAGCUGAUGAAAGUCUCAACUUUGAUGAAAUGAUUUUGGAAGCGGCGAAGGGAAUUAUGGCUGCUUCGUCAGCGCUGGUUCGGGCAGCCAAUGCUGCCCAACGAGAGCUGGUCGAUCAAGGUAAAGUGGCUCGUCGCCCGCUGACUUCGUCUGACGAUGGCCAAUGGUCGGAAGGACUGAUUUCUGCUGCCCGAUUGGUUGCUGCCGCAACGCACAGCUUGGUGGAAGCUGCUCAGCAUCUAGUACAGGGAACCGGCACCGAAGAGAUGUUGAUUUCAACCGCCAAACAAGUGGCCAGUUCCACAGCUCAGUUGUUGAUUGCGUGCAAAGUGAAGUCUGAUCCGAAUUCGGAAACCGGAAGGAGGCUACAAGCUGCCGGUAAUGCUGUUAUCAAGUCAACCGACAAACUGGUACAAGCUGCUCAGCAAGCAAUCGAAGGUGAAGAAGAGCACACAUUGAAACUUAACCGGAAUAUGGUCGACGGAAUGGCACAGGAAAUCAAUGCUCGAUCGGAAAUUUUGAUGCGUGAACGACAGCUGGAAGAAGCGAAAAACAAACUGAUUGCCAUUCGUCAUGCCAAGUAUCGCCAGAAGCUGGCCGGUGGUUUCACCACCGACAGCAGCGACGAAGGUGGUAUUCAACCACCGACGUUCACCGGUUAUCAAACCGUUUCCCCAAAGCCGCACACUUUGCCCAAGCCUGGUACCUAUUCUCCAAACACUGUUCAGGGAUCACAAGCUUCAGCCACCGGAACGUUUCCACGACAGCAACAAAGCCAACAGCACCAAUCCAGCACCGUAACGAACACCUCCACCUUCCAAAGAUCCCCGCUCCUAACGGCCAACGCCGUCCCAAAGCCAUACCAAUCGGAUGCAAUCAAAUCACCGACAGCACUGGUUUCACCAUCGAUUCUGAAUCGAUCGUACGAAACGACUCGGGUUGAGAACUCGAAUCUAAACGCCAGCAAGUUCAACCGGGUACAGUUCGACGCAGCCGUACAAGAUUUGCAUAACAAGGUUCAACCGUUAAGCACUUUCCGGUCGUCACCCAGUCCACAACAGCAGCAAGCAAAUUACGGAAAAGGUUCAUCUAUCACAACGAUCACCACCAGCAAUGGAACCGCAGCCCCACAAAACUAUGAAGGAUUUACGACGAGAUACGAAACCCGUGUCUUUCCAGCUACCACUACUAACCCGGCCCCUAAUACCCUAAUCAAUGUCGAGCAGCAGUUCGCUAAACUAAACCUAGAGAAUCACCAGCAACAGCAGCAGCAACAGCUGCAGCAGUACUUGCACCCGUCGCAUUCGCCAUUGCACCAACCGCACCAAUCGCACCACCACCAACAACAACAGCAACAACAGCUACAGCAGCUCGUUCAGCAACACCAACAGCAACAGUAUCAGCAGCAAUUUAGUAGCAGCGGUAGUAGUCUCAGUAACCACCAUCAGCAAUAUCACACCAGCCCACUAAAUAGCACCGCACCCAUUAGUGGUAGUAGUCCUAAUCACCUACUAGCAUCCGCCGCCGGUAGUAGUAACAACAAUGGUACACUUAAUCUACUCGACAGCAGCAGUAGCAAGGUGGAGCAGCGAAUUUCCUCCCAGCAACAGCAGCAGGUCAUUACCAAAAAGGUCCACAUGACCACCUCGUCGUCGACGAUGAAAUCAUCCACCACCAGCAGCAGUUCCAGCGGGUGGAAGUAAACCUUUCCGGUGCGGUACGUGCCGUGGAACCAGCCGGAGCAGAAACAAAACCGGUAAAUUGUUGUAUUUUUCUAAUGAUGAAUUUUGUUAUUUGUAUAGUCAAGCGCGACCGAAGCCCCCAAAAUGGGAAAUUAACUCCCACAUGUGCCUGUUUUUGAUUGUCGGACUAAUCGAUGUUGUACUAAAAUGAAAAAAAAGUAGCGAAACGAAAUGGUUUAAAUCGAUAGCUUCCAUUGCGUUAGAAAUGUUGUUAACAACUGUGUAGAAAAAUUGUCUGUUUGGGAAAAUUAAACGCAAACACUAAAAACGCGAGUCUGCCAGCGGAUUCGAUAUAAUAUUACUUAUACGAGCCUAGAACUUAAGCGAGCCGCGCAAACACCUUAGCGGGUAUGCGGCUGAAUACAUAGUAGUGCCUCCAAAAAAAGAAAAGAAGCAAUUGUCUUAAUAGAAUUAUUGUUAUUGCGGAAAUAUUUUUUGUCUUUGCUAAUACUUACAAAGAAAAUCACAAAGUGCCACACGUACACACAAACACAGUUUUGGAAUUUUACGAAAUUAUAAAUAUUUUACUUAAGUCAACUUUUACUGCAGAAUGGUUUUUAUUGCAACCACAAAUGUGCCUCUUCGAGAAACGAAAAUUAAAAUUUUCAGAACAAAUUACAAAAGUAUACCGACUAAUAAAGUAUAUACAAUAGAAAUCUUUUUCACCGUUUGCCUUUUCAUAAAAUCUAACGACGAAAGUUUAAACAAAAAAAAAACGAUUGCCAAUAUUAACUGUGUGCCAUUCUCUUGAUUCGUCUAAAAAAGUGUUUUUACUUAAAUAACAAACAAAAAAAAAAUAUACGCACAGAUUUUUGAAGUAUCUUUUUUUUUAUACGAAGCAUUGGCAAAUUCGAAAACAUCUGCCCUCCCAGCGAAAGGAGCGAGUAAAUCAGAGUAAUCAAAGUUUAAAAAAAGAACAGCACUUAAGAAUGUGAAUGCUUCCCAUGAUAGUUUUGUAACGUAACAGUAAAAAAGCCAAAUUUAGGAUCGCGCAUUCUGUAAAUGUAGUGUAACAAAGUCAGUCCCGCGUGCGUUGCACAAGCGUAAGCAAAAGGAAAAUAAUAACUGAGAAUAAUAUUUUUUAUAACUAAUAAAACAAAAAAUGGUGAUUUUUUCACGCAGCGCCACAAACAAUAAUAAUCAAUAAAGCCAACACACAGCGAAACACUAGUAAUAGCAUAUAGCAGGAUAAUAGUAAGCAGCAGCAAGUAACGAGUAACGAAACCGUAAAUAUGAGUAUUGUUUUUUCUCUUCUUCUAUAAUGAUUAAUUGAUUGUAUUUUAACGAAAUGAUAAACGCAAAGCAUAGCAUAAAGCAGAACCCUAUACCUACCUACAGUUUUUUUCUAAAAAUCGUUCGAAAAAAAACGACAAUUAGAGUUCAUUCUUAGUGCGCUAGUUGAUAGCAAGUACAUAAAUGCAAACAGCAGUAUAAUGAAAUAAAAACGAGUAAAUUUUAACCAAUAAAAUGCUUUAA